ACCAGGCAGGCAGGCAGGCGGGCGGGACCAGAAUAUCUAACUCAUCCAACUUCCUGAACUGAAUAUUGCCUCAACAUGUAGUAAUAUACGGACAUAGUAUAGCCUCUUAGAUUUCAAAUAUCGGACAAAACAGGACAGGGACUACUUCCCUAAAAGUAAGAUCAAUUUACAUGCGGCUGGCCUCAAGCAUGUCCCUGUGGCAAUUCCUGACACUUCUCUUGGGAAUAACUCUACAUACAUGUAAAGCUGAAAAAUGUGACGACUUGAUCGAUUUACAUCUGGCUGACGCGAUCAUUGGCACCAGCCUUAAAAUACGGUUGCUGCUAUACACCAGAGAGUCAAUAGACUGCGGUUCGCUUCUGUCUCACACAAACUUCUCGGCCGAGCCUCGCUUCAACCUUUCUCGGCCUACUACGUUUAUCAUCCACGGGUAUCGACCGACGGGCUCUCCCCCUGUAUGGGCUCACGAGAUCACGGAGCUCCAUCUGGCCAGAGAGGAUGUCAAUGUCAUAUUAGUGGAUUGGAACUGCGGGGCGGCGAACGUGAACUAUUUGAAAGCGGUGGAAAACACGCACAAGGCAGGAGAAAACCUCACUGCCUUCCUGAAACUGAUGAAGGAGCACGGCGCCUCAAUGGAUGACAUUCACAUGAUCGGAGUUAGUCUCGGUGCUCACAUAGCUGGCUUUGUGGGCGCUAACCUGAACGGUACAAUUGGAUGGAUUACAGCUCUGGAUCCUGCUGGGCCUCAGUUCACUGGAGCGCCCCCAGAGGACCGACUGGAUCCCACAGAUGCCCAGUUUGUGGAUGCCCUGCACACGGAUAUUGAUGCGCUGGGCUACAGAGGAGCUCUUGGUCACAUUGAUUUUUACGCAAACGGGGGAACGGAUCAACCUGGCUGCCCUAAAACUAUUUUCUCAGGAACUGCCUACUUUAAAUGUGACCACCAGCGAUCAGUGUACCUCUACUGUGAGUCCUUGAAACGCAUUUGCACUAGCAGAGCUUUCCCAUGCACCAAUUACAAGGACUUCCAGGACGGCAAGUGCACUAGUUGUGAGCAGUUUGGUGACGCCGGGUGUCCUGUGUUUGGUUACGACGUCGUCAAGUAUAAAAACAUUUUGUUGACGUUAGGCCAAACCAAAAACUUCUUCAUCACGAAUGAAAAGGCUCCGUACUGCAAGUCAAAUUACAGACUGGAUGUGGUGGUUUGGAACCAGGAGGAACACUGGGGCUAUAUCACAGUUAAACUUCAUGGCAAUGGUACAAAUGCUGUGGCAACGAUUGACCAUAGAGCUGCCCAGUUCAAGAAGUUCACCGAAACUAAGUUAUUGGCCCACUUUGACACUGACAUCAAGUCAGUGAAUAAGAUGACCCUCAUGUUCUCCACUGGAAACAUUUUCAAGCCGAAAUACAAACUACGUGUUCUCUGGGUCCGGCUCACGCAUCUGGACCGUGUCGACAGGCCUCUGUGUCGCUACGACUUGAUCCUGGAGGAGAGCAAAGAGGUCUCCUUCACGCCACUUCCCUGCCAAGAGUCCAACUUCUGAGGCUAAAUCACAUCACGUCACGUUACGUUAAGCUUGCACCAAUUCAGUCUGUGAGACUUUCGACACAGCACACAAUCUGCGACAUUGAAUGUAUUGUCUGUCCUUUUCUGAUAUUUUAUUAUCUGACGCUACUGAAAAAUAACUCAUUUCUCAAUCGAAUGCAAAGCCUUUACAAUGAAAUCUCACAUAUAACAGUAUUGUUUUUGUUAAGUGAAUGUAAAUAUGCUAUAGCUAAUAUCAAGAACAACUUCCUGAUAUUAUACUGCUGUUUCACGGGAUAUGCAGUAUGUAUUUUAACUGACCAGAGAAAUAUAUGUUUUUUAUUUA